AUGUAUGCAAGACCGCCAGUUACUGGUCCUCAAAAGCUAAGCAAUGGUUUACCACUAUUGCUUAUGUGCUGUCUUUUGUUCAUUGUUCUACUAAUAGCUUCGACUAUUGUCCUUGCGUUGAUUCCCGUGUAUUUAGAAAGGAAAGAUGCAACAUUAGCAUCUAGCAAAAGCUACUAUGCAGUUGGUGAUUUCGAUGGUAGUCUAGGUAAUGAUGGUCAAUUGGAUGCAUCAGCACGUGACACUAUUGCACGCGCGAUUGAAAAACAAUUGGGUCUUCCAACUGGCUCAAUUGUUGUUGAUCAGGGUACGGUUGCAACAUCAACCGGCAGACGUAAACGACGAUCGGCAAAACUCUCACGAUUUGGUCGUGGCCAAAUAUCGCGUGGUUUACAACGACUUUACCUAAUCUUCCAUAUCAAUCGUGUUAAAUGUCUUGCGUGCCGCAUAAGCCCAGUGACCAUAAUCAUAACUGUUACCAUUGUUUUCAAUGGACAAACAAUUACAAUUGUUAUUGUUAUACGAAUCAGCGUGGAAGUCAUUAAAAUACCAGCCACUUUAUCUCCUUCUACUGCAGCAACUACGACGGCCGUAGCGGUUAUUGGUACUGGCAGUGCAUCAGGUUAA